AUUAGCUUCAGGAGGCGCCAGUGCAACAACCCCAGACCUGCGUUUGGAGGGAGGGAGUGUGAAGGGGUGGACACUGAGGCUGAACUUUGUCACCGCCAGCCAUGCAUCUCUACGCAGUUGGACUUCAUGGCCCAGCAGUGCUCCAAGACCGACCCCCAACCCCUCUCCCUGUCCCCUGGCCACUCCCCUCGCUACACCUGGGUACCUGCCGUGGGCCACGUCUCAGGUCACACGCAGUGUAAACUCAUGUGUAUGUCUGAGGGCGAGGACUUCAUGGUGAGCCGCGGGUCAAAGUUCACCGAUGGGACGCGAUGUGAACCCGACAAGCCGGUGGCUCCAGGGAUCAUCACUGCAUGUCUGGGGGGGAUGUGUGAGGAGUUUGGCUGUGAUGGAGUGUUGCAUUCUGGGAAGGUGGAGGAUGUGUGUGGGGUGUGUGGAGGAGACGGCUCCACCUGUACACUCACCUCCCUCUCUUACAAUGGAGGAGAAACUAGAGAUUACGUCACCUUCCUGACGGUCCCCAUCAACGCCACACAGGUCCGCAUCAUCAACACCAGGCCCGUCUUCACACACAUGGCUGUGUUGGUGGGGCAGCAGUAUGUGGUGUCAGGGAAGGGCAGCAUUGCGCUCAACAGCACCUACCCCUCGGCCCUGGAGGACGAGCACCUGGCCUACACCCUGCACCUGUCCCCCGACCUGCUGCCCCGCAUGGAGGAGAUCCGCCUACCGGGACCUGUGCAGGACAGCAUACACAUACAGGUGUAUCGUAAGUAUGCCAAAGCAUAUGGAGAGCAGACUGACCCCAGCAUCAGCUACCAGUACUACACACCUCACCGAGCUGGACAGGGCUCUCCUCGAGGCCUCUGGUCAACCGUCACAGGGCCCUGCACAGUCACCUGCGGGACAGGCCACCAGCAGGUGGCGUCGGUGUGUGUGGACCAGGCCACUCUGGAGCACCUGGACCAGGUGUUCUGCCCUCCGUCCGGCAGCAUGCCAUCUCUGCAGAGGGAGUGCAGCAUGCCCCCCUGCCCAGCCAGGUGGGAGGUGGGUGAGUUUGGUCCCUGCAGCGCCUCCUGUGGCGGGGGAGAGCAGGUGCGGGAGGUCAGGUGUGUUCGGUCUCAGGCUGGUGCUCAGGUGGCGGUGGCAGCCUCUCUGUGCCCUGAGGACUCUGCGCCCGCCUCACUCGGCAUGUGUGCCACCCAGCCCUGCCCCGCCAGGUGGCGCGUGUCUGACCCAGGUGUGUGUUCUGCGGUGUGUGGGCCCGGUGAGGCCCGGCGGAACGUGUCGUGUGUGCGUGUGCAGCGAGGUCAGGAGGUCGAGGUGGACGCCGGUGUGUGUGUCGCGCCGCGACCUCUGGACUCAGUGUCCUGCGUAGUGGACGUGUGCCCCAUCGGCUGGGAGACCAUGGCCAAGCCGGAGCAUGUACUUCCUGCCGUGGUCAUGCCCCGCUCCAGAGUGGACCGUGUGUUCGUGUGGAGCCCUGUGAUUGGACACUGCUCACACAGCUGCGGGAACGGUACACUGGAGGUGUGGUACACCUGUGUGGAUCACCAGACACGGUUUGGGGUGCCCGAGUUCCACUGUGACCCGUCGAGUAAACCUGAACCCCACACAGAACCCUGUAACGCCACACCCUGCCCCCCCACGUGGCGCUACAUGCAGGGUGUGUGCAGUGUGACGUGUGGAGGAGGAGUGGCGCGCAGGGUGCUGUACUGCGCCAAGACCACAGAGGGCGCCGAGAGGGAGGAGGUGGUCAGUGACAUCAAGUGCCAGGCCGUCUCCAGACCUCUGGACAUGGUGGAGUGCAACACUCAACCCUGUCCUGCCAGGUGGAAGGUGGUGUCGGCGGGGCCGUGCACUGCGUCCUGCGGCCUGGGCGUGUCCCAGAGGAGUGUGUCGUGCGUGCAGUUUGAGCGCGGGCAGGAGCAGGCCGUACCUGAGGACAGGUGUGCCCAGGUGAAGAGGCCGCCCAGCCUCGUGCCCUGCAUAGUGCAGCUGUGCACCUUCACCUGGGACAUGCGCGAGUGGACCAAGUGCUCGGCGCCGUGUGGUUCUGGUAUCCAGACCCGGCCCGUGUCCUGCGUGGGUCCGUCUCAGCCGAGCCCGGUCAGCCCACUGCUCUGCAUGCACAUCCCCAAACCCAUCACCAUCCAGGCCUGCUACGCCGGGGACUGCAGUGCCCCCGCACACACACACACCGCACACACACACACCACACAAGAGCCUGCGCUGGGCCAGGACGCCGGUCCAGACUCGGAGGAGGAAGUGGACCGAGAUGCGGACCCGCCUUCGCCCACCCAGAUCCCGCUGGGUAGGAGAGCUGUGAUGACAUCACUAACCGCCACACCACCCUCCGCCAGCCCCACCCCCCAGCAGGCCUCCAUCACCACGGCGACCCCAACACUGCCUUCUCAAACCAAUUUAUGUGGGAAGCUUCUUCUCCAGCCAUCCGGAACCAUAGACCUGAGGAACGUCACUCAGAGGAGAUGCAUCGUUGCUAUUGGUCGACCGCUGGAUGAGAUCAUAACCAUCAAAUUUGAGUCCAGCACUCUGGACUGUAAGGCCAAGGAGUACGUGGCGUUCUACGACCGGCUGAUCCUGAUCAGGAAGUGUGAGAGGAUGGAGGGCAAAGCGCUGACGUCACGCACCAACGUGCUGCUGGUGAGGCAGGGACGCAUCGCCCCCGGCAACGGAGUCAUGCUCACCUACAGCAGCAACAAGAACCCAAAGAAGAGCCAUCAGCAGGACUGUGACGUGCAGCUGUUUGCCUCCUCUGGGGUGAUUGAGAACCCGGUCCGUAACUCCUCCUCCCAGGCUCAGGCCUGCAGGGUCUUCAUCAACGCCCCCCCCCGCCCUGCAGAUCAAGAUCCAGGCCCUCAGCAUGUUCAACACCACUGCCACACACACCACAUACGUACUGAUCCGAGACGUGGACACGCUGAAGACGACAGUGUUCUCUGGGCGCCAGCUCUUCCUGUGGAGCUCCAAGGGCAGCAGGGCGGAGGUGGAGUUCCACGGAGACUACCAGCACAUCAAGGGCUCCUUCCACGCACAAUACUCAUUCGUCCGCCCCUGACACACACACACACACACACACACACACAACGGCAUCGCACAAUACUCAUUCGUCCGGCCCUGACACACACACACACACAACGGCCACGCACAAUACUCAUUCGUCCGACCUUGACAACACACUCACUGCUCAUUCAUAUGGACAAAGCACACACAUGGCGAUGGAUCUUUAAUGCCCAAACACACUACUCAUUCACACACACACACACACACACACACACACACACACACACAGCUCUCUAUCAGGGCUAGAUGAGGGCAUGCUGGCACUGGGAAAGUAUUCAAGUUCAAGGACUUAACCACUAUAGUCAUAUAUAUAUAUAUAUAUUUUACUAUAAGAUACUAGAUAGUAUAAGAUGUUUAAUUGUUUAUUUGAAAGUGAUACAAAUGUUAUAUCUUUCUCUUCAUGAAAUAAGUUUCCAUUUCAGACGGCAUGUAGGAACUCUGGAAGCUCUGAUAUAAGAAACCACAGCGAAGGCACAAGGAGCUUUAUACUGCCAUGUCUCCUGGAGCAGUACAGGAGCACUUGGUCAAACAGAGUCAAAGUCAAAGACUACGCCGUAAACGUAACACAGUAAACAGCAGGCAAAAACUCCAAAACAAACACUGUAAAUAGCAUUCUUAAGACAACACAAGACGUUAAAUAUGUUCAAGCACAACAAAGGGUGUUGUUUUUACAACACAAAAAGGUUUCUGUUUUGUUUUGUUUUUUAAAUAAAGGACCUGAGUGGCUGGA